UUUGCAAGCCUUUUGAUUUGUAUUUGAAAGAAUAAGUUUUCAAAAAUGUUUGGGGCAUCUCAGGCUACAAAGGACCAGUUCUUAGACAAGGCAAGGCAGCUGCGUGAAGAGAGAAAAGGCCUCAAAGAAAGAGAGAAAGCUGCAGUAAAAAUCCAAGCUCUUAUUCGACGAUUCCUGUGCAGAUGUCGGCUGCAGAGAGAAAUCAGACAAGAAGUGGAUGUCUUUUUAGAAGGCGCAGAAAAUGGAACAGUCAAGUCCAAUGCUCUUUCCAUUUUUCGAACAGCUCGUAAACUGUUGAUAAUAUUCAGACUACAGGUGGACAGAGUGAGAUUUGAAAAACUUUGCCGGUGCAUCCUUAUCAGUAUGGACUGUGAGAAUGAGCCCAAGGUUUGGUUUGUGUCUCUUGCACUGUCCAAAGACCUUACUCUUUUGUGGAUAAAGCAAAUUAAAGACAUCUUGUGGAUUUGCUGUGAGUUUCUGAAGUCACUGAAACCGGACAUUCUGCAGGACUCCAAACUGAUCACCCUCUACCUCACUAUGCUGGUCAACUUCACAGACACCUCUACCUGGAACAUAUUUAGAGGGAAAGGAGAAAGCUUGAGACCUGCAAUGAACCAUAUCUGUGCAAACAUAAUGGGUCACCUCAAUCAAAAAGGCUUUUACUCAGUGUUACAGAUCCUUCUCACUAAUGGCCUGGCACGAUCACGCCCAUCUCUUUCCAAGGCCACUUUAACAGCCGUAUUUUCCCUAGCAUUGCGUCCUGUAGUGGCUGCUCAGUUUUCUGACAAUCUUCUUCGCUCAUUCCUGAUCCACAUAAUGUCAGUACCAGCUAUAAUUGCACACCUGUCUAUUCUCACUCCAGAUCGGAUGGCUGUAAUAGAAUCCAAUGGGCUCUUUCAUAAAUUCAUUUUGUUCCUGAGUCGAGAAGAGCAGUGCAGAGAUGUAUGUGUGUGCCUGGAAGGAAGCCACACUCUCUGCUUGCUAGGUAACCUCAUUCACCUUGGACACCUUACUGAGAAAGUGCUGGAAGAAGAAACGGGUCACUUUGUCAGUGUCCUUACUCAGAUGUUAUCAUACUGUCAGCAGUAUGUAUCACAGAAGAAAUCCAACCUCACACACUGGCACCCUGUGUUGGGCUGGUUCUCCCAGACUGUUGAUUAUGGUCUCAAUGAGUCGAUGCCUUUACUCACCAAGCAGCUUCAACAUCUGUGGGGUGUCCAUAUGAUCCGAAUCUUAUUUCGGGAAGUUCUUAGCAAAAAGCUUGCCGAAAAUCAUGAGCUGUCUGUUGUGGCCACUCCAAGCUCAUCCCCACAGAACAACCUGCCCAUGAAAAACCUGUUUAAACGGGCAUUUCAGAAAUCUGCCUCUGUCCGCCAUAUACUGAAACCUGUUGGAGGCAAAAGAGUGGACUCCCAAGAAGUCCAAAAAGUGUGCAAUAUUUGUGUUCUGUACCAGACUGCACUUACUACUCUCACACAAAUCCGGCUACAGAUCCUCACUGGUCUAACCUAUCUGGAUGAUCUCCUGCCAAAACUGUGGGCAUUCAUUUGUGAGUUGGGACCGCAAGGAGGAUUGAAACUCUUCCUUGAGUGUUUAAGUAAUGACACAGAGGAGUCCCGCAGACUGCUGGCUAUGCUGGUGCUCUUCUGUGAUUGUUCCAGGCACCUCAUUACGAUUUUGGAUGACAUUGAGGUCUAUGAAGAGCAAAUCUCCUUCAAAGUGGAAGAACUUGUCACUAUCUCUUCUUUUCUCAACUCCUUCGUAUUCAAGAUGGUCUGGGAUGGUAUCCUCGAGAACGCCAAUGGAGAAACUUUAGAGCUGUUUCACUCUGUGCACGGCUGGCUAAUGGUUCUGUAUGAAAGAGAUUGCCGUAGGAGAUUUGCUCCAGAGGAUCACUGGCUGCGAAAGGAUCUAAAACCUGGUGUGCUUUUCCAAGAACUGGACAAGGAGAGAAAGAGGGCCCAGCUCCUGCUUCAAUACAUCCCUCAUGUCAUCCCACACAAAAAUAGAGUACUUUUGUUCCGAAAUAUAGUAACUAAGGAAAAGGAGAAGCUGGGUUUGGUGGAAACAACCACAGCCUCUCCACAUGUUACUCACAUCACUAUCAGAAGGUCACGUAUGUUGGAGGAUGGUUAUGACCAGCUGAGGCAGUUGUCACAAAAUGCCAUGAAAGGUGUCAUCAGAGUGAAAUUUGUCAAUGACCUUGGGGUUGAUGAAGCCGGAAUAGACCAGGAUGGUGUGUUUAAGGAAUUUUUGGAAGAAAUUAUAAAGAAGGUGUUUGAUCCAGCACUGAAUCUGUUUAAGACUACAAGCUCUGGAGAUCGAUUAUACCCAUCUCCUACUUCGUAUAUCCAUGAAAACUAUCUCCAGUUGUUUGAGUUUGUAGGGAAGAUGCUGGGAAAGGCAGUGUAUGAGGGUAUUGUAGUAGAUGUCCCCUUUGCUUCAUUCUUCAUGAGCCAGCUGCUAGGGCAUCAUCACAGCAUUUUUUAUAGCUCAGUGGAUGAGCUGCCUUCACUGGACUCUGAGUUCUAUAAGAACCUCACAUCCAUCAAGCGUUAUGAUGGAGAUAUUAGUGACCUGGGCCUCACGCUUUCAUAUGAUGAAGAUGUAAUGGGACAGCUGGUGUGUCAUGAACUUGUCCCAGGAGGGAAAUCAAUUACUGUUUCCAAUGAGAACAAGAUAAGUUACAUCCACCUCAUGGCUCACUUUCGCAUGCACACGCAAAUUAAAAACCAGACAGCUGCGCUAAUCAGUGGCUUUCGCUCCAUCAUCCGGCCUGAGUGGAUCCGUAUGUUUUCUGCUCCAGAACUCCAGCGUCUUAUAUCAGGGGACAAUGCUGAGAUUGACCUGGAUGAUCUAAAAAAGCACACAGUGUACUAUGGAGGGUUCCAUGGCAGUCACAGAGUCAUUAUUUGGCUGUGGGAUAUUCUAGCCAAUGAUUUUACCUCUGAGGAAAAAGCCAUGUUUCUAAAGUUUAUCACAAGUUGUUCCCGCCCUCCUCUGCUUGGCUUUGCCUACCUCAAACCACCAUUCUCUAUUCGCUGUGUAGAAGUAUCAGAUGAUCAGGAUACUGGAGACACCUUAGGCAGUGUGCUGCGAGGCUUUUUUACUAUUAGGAAACGAGAGCCAGGGGGGCGUCUACCCACUUCAUCUACCUGCUUCAACCUUCUAAAACUUCCCAACUACAGCAAGAAGACGAUCCUAAGAGAGAAGCUCCGCUAUGCUAUCAGCAUGAACACUGGCUUUGAACUGUCUUAGCACUUGUUUAAGGAUUUCUUUGUUAAUAUUGUAUAUCAACGGUAUGGAUUUUCUGCCUUAUGGCAGCACAGUGUAUUCUGUAUUUGCUGUGGUGUAAUGGCAGAGAUGUCAGAAUCACACUUUUCUAAAAUAUGCAUUUUAGUUAUAUAGCAUGAUUUAAGUCCUCAGGUUGCAGACACAGAAGCUUAUCUAUGAAUGUGUCUGAAAGCAGAAUUGUAUGUGCCUCCAGAUGAUUUCCUUCAUAGGUUGUUCUACAAUAAAGAAGGCAGUUGUGAUCUAAUAGGUUGCUAUGGACAACA